AUGUCAAGCAUGAGCUCUGUCUCAGGAGGCAUGAAUGCUGGUUCUGCUGGAUAUUGUGGUGUAGGUGGUAUGGGUGGUAACUUUGGCCAAGUCGGUGGUGGGUUUGGCCAAGUCGGUGGUGGAUUUGGCCAAGUAGGUGGUGGAUUUGGCCAAGGUGGUGCUGGCUUUGGUCAAGGUUUUGGUCAAGCAGCUGGAGGUUUUGGUCAUGGGGCUGGAGGAGCUGUCGGAGGAGGCUUUGGUGGUGGUGCUGGCGGGGCAGGUUAUGGCGGUGGUGCUGGUGCAGGUGCUGGAGGUGGUGAUUCAUUUUUCAACAUGAAUGAGAAACAAACAAUGCAGAACCUUAACGACCGCUUGGCUACGUACCUUGACACAGUCCGACGGUUAGAGUCAUCAAAUGCUGAUCUUGAUCAAAAGAUUAAGGACUUCUUAGAGAAGCAAAGAGGUGGUAGCACCAAAGGAGAACCAGGAAAAGACUACUCCAAUUACUUUAAGACCAUUGAAGAUCUGAAGGCUAAAAUUGUUACAGCCUGCCAUGAUAACCAUGCUGUAGUUUUGCAGAUCGACAACGCAAGAUUGGCAGCAGAUGAUUUCAAGCUGAAGUACGAAAAUGAGCUUGCUCUGCGCAAAUCAGUAGAAGCUGAUACUGCUGGCCUACGCAAAAUAAUGGAUGACCUGACCCUGUCCAAAACUGACCUGGAAUCUCAGUUUGAAGGCCUUACUGAAGAAAUUGCUCUUCUUAAGAAGAACCAUGAGGAGGAGGUUAAAGGACACCAUGAAACAACUGUUGGUUCUGUCAAUGUAGAAAUGAAUGCUGCUCCAGGAAAUGAUCUGCUAAAGAAAAUGAAUGAGCUCAGAGAGCAGUAUGAGGUUAUGGCUGACAAGAAUCGCAAGGAGGCAGAAGACCAAUUUAAAAACAUGAGCGAAGGUUUGAAGAAAGAAAUAUCAUCUGGAGUAGAACAAAUACAGAGCAGCAAGAGUGAGAUUUCAGAUCUGAAGAAGUCACUUCAAGCACUGGAGAUUGAGCUUCAGUCACAACUAGCCAUGAAAAAAUCUCUUGAAGAAACUUUAGCACAGACAGAAGGACAAUACUGUGCGAAGAUUGCCCAGAUCCAGGCUCUGAUUAUUGCUAUUGAGGAGCAACUGGCACAGAUCAGGGCAGACAUAGAGUGCCAGACUGCAGAGUAUGAGAAUCUGCUAGACAUCAAGACAAAACUAGAGAAUGAGAUUGAGACGUACCGCAGACUACUGGAAGGUGAAGGGGGGGGGGGGGGGGGGGGGGGGGGGGGGGGGGGGGGGCCCGGGGGGGGGGGACUGGGGGGGGGGGGGGGGGGGGGGGUUUUUGGGGGGGCUGGGGGGGGGGGGGGGGUUUUUUGGGGGGGGAAAGGGGGGGGGGGGGGGGGGGGAAAAGGGGCCCCGGGGGGGGGGGAUUUUGGGGGGGGGGGGGGGGGGGGGGGCCCGGGGGGGGCCCCCCCCGGGGGGGCGGGGGGGGGCCCCCCUUUUUUUGGGGGGGGGGGGGGGAAGGGGGGGGGGGGGGGGGGGCCCGGGGGGGGGGGGGGGGUUUUUUCCCCGGGGGGGGGGGGGUUUUUUUCCCCCGGGGGGGGGGGGGGGCCCCCUUUGGGGGGGGGGGGGCCCCCGGGGGGGGGGGAAAAAAGGGGGCCCCCCCCCGGGGGGGGGGAAAAAGGGGGGGUUUGGGGGGUUGGACCCCCGGGGGGGGGUUUUUUGGGGGGGGGGGGGUGGGGAAAAGGGGAAAAAAAAAAGGGGGGGGGGGAAAACCCCCGGUUUUGGGGGGGGGGGGGGUGGGGGGGGUUUGGGGGGUGGGGGGGGGGGGGGGGGCCCCCCGGGGGGGGGGGGGGGGGGGGGGGGGAAAAAAUUUGGCCGGGGGGGGGGGGGGGGGGGGGGGGGGGGGCCCCCCCCCCCCGGGGGGGGGCCGGGGGGGGGGGGGGCCCCCCGGGGGGGGGGGGGGGCCCCCCCGGGGCCCGGCCCCCCCCAAAAAAAAGGGGGGGGGCCCCGGGGGGUGUUUCCUGGGGGGGGGGGGCCCGGGGGGUUGGGGGGGGGGGGGGGGGGGGGGGGGGGGGUUUUGGGGGGGGGGGGGUGGGGGGGGGGGGGGGGGGGGGGCCCCGGCCGGGGGGGGGGGGGGGGCCCCCCGGGGGGGGGGGGGGGGAAAGGGGGGGGGGGGGGUUGUCCCGGGGGGGGGGAAAAAAGGGGGGGGGCCCCCAAAAAAAUUUGGGGGGGGGGGGGGGGGGGGUUUUGGGGGGGGGGGGGGGGGGGUUUAAAAAAAUUUUUGGGGGGGGGGGGGGGGGGAAAAAAAUUUGGGUUUUUUUUUUUUUUUUUUUUUAA